UCCUUUUCCAACAUGGCGGCACCCUGUGUGUAGAAAUUUGUUUUGGGCCACAACGCUGAGGAUUACUUUCACAUUUGGACCGAUCGUCUGCGAUUUGCUCAACAAAUUAUCAUCGCAGCACCGUCUGCGUCAGCCUCUCUUAUAAACUAAUCGGAUUUUGUCAAGUAUCUGGGAAAUGUAUCGUCGAGGAGCGACAAAGAAAGACAACAAGCCAGUGAAGAAGGAUGUGAGUGACAGUGAUAAAUACGCCGACCUCUUGGUGUUCGGCUAUGCCUGCAAACUGUUUCGGGACGACGAAAAGGCUCUUUACCACGAUCAUGGAAAACAUCUUAUCCCAUGGAUGGGGGACAAGAGCAUCCUGAUUGAUAGAUACGAUGGGCGUGGUCACUUGCAUGACCUUUCAGAGUACGACAGCGGGUCAUGGAAUACGUCCUACCAGCUGUCGGAGGAAGAAGCCAGGAUUGAAGCGCUUUGCGAUGAAGAGCGGUAUCUGGCUCUACACACUGACCUGCUGGAAGAGGAAGCCCGACAAGAGGAGGAGUACAAACGUCUCAGCGAGGCUCUGGCGGACGAAGGCACGUACAAUGCAGUGGCUUUCAAAUACAGCGCGGACUACUACGACCCCUCGCAGCCGACUGAGGAGGAGGACGCCAACAAGGAACCCGAGGAGACGGAGCCUGAAGAGAGCGAGGAGCCGUUCGUGGCCCCCGCAGGCCUGACCAUCCCUCCAGACGUGGAGCUGCCGGCCACCGUCAAGACCCACAACAUCAUCGAGAGGACGGCGAACUUCGUGUGCCAGCAGGGGGCGCAGUUCGAGAUCGUGCUGAAGGCCAAGCAGGCCGGGAACUCCCAGUUCGACUUCCUCCGCUUCGACCACUACCUGAACCCGUAUUACAAACACAUCCUGCGGACCAUGAAGGAGGGCCGGUACUACCCCGCCUCCGCCAGCAAGCAGGACGAGUCGCAGGAUUCUCACUCGGAUUCGGAUGAAGAUGGCGACGGCAGCUACCUCCAUCCCAGCCUCUUCGCCCCGAAAAAGAGUUCUCGCCUGGAGGAGCUGGUGAAGCCUCUGAAAGUGAUGGACCCCGACCAUCCGCUGGCAGCUCUGGUACGAAAAGCCCAGCAGGAAAGAAACGGCACGGCGGCGGCGGCGGCGGCGGCAGCGGCAGCGGCGGCCAAACCAGAAGAAGCUGCAGCGACGACACCGGCGCAGUACUCCACUGACCCGAGCGCGGCGGCGAUGUACUACGGCUACUACAUGCUCCCCGACGGGUCGUUCUGCCUGGCCCCGCCCCCGCCGGGUAUCGAGGCGACCGCAUACUACAGCGGCAUGCCCCCGGCCGUCAUGGUCCCGCCCACCUCCGCCGAAGCCGCCGUGCCGCACCUGGGGACUCCCGCCGCUCCCGCCGAGGCGGUGGCAGCUCCAGCUCCAGCUCCAGCUCCAGCUCCUGCUCCAGCUCCCAUCCAGGCCCCCAGCUCUGCAGCGCCAGACACCAGCCAGAAAGCUGAGCCUCCAGUUCACACGCCGGCAGCACCGGCCAUCAUCCCGCCGCCGCCCGACAUCCAGCCGGUCAUCGACAAGCUGGCCGAGUACGUCGCCAGGAACGGCCUGAAGUUCGAGGCCAGCGUCCGCGCCAAGAACGACCCCCGGUUUGACUUUCUGCAGUCUUGGAAUCAGUACAACACCUAUUAUGAGUUCAAGAAGAAUUACUUCAUGCAGAAGGAAGGGAAGGGCCUGCCAGAGAGCGGCGCGGACGACGACGCGCUUCAAUCAGACUCAUCUAAAGACUCCAAGAUGACAAAAGCCUCUUUUGCCCCCAUCUGCUUCGCCAUCAAGCCGAAGGAAAACGACUUGCUGCCGCUGGAGAAGAACAGAGUUCGGCUGGACGACGACUCGGAUGAGGACAAGUUGCUGGACGAGGAGCAGCUGGAGGCCGUGAUUGGCGGAGUGGAGAUGAUCGACAAGGAGCCGCCUCCGGUCUCGACCCCCGAGGAGAAGAAACCGACGCUCAGCCUGGAGGAGUUGGAGGCAAAACAAGCCAAGCAGAAACUGGAGGACCGUCUGGCGGCUGCAGCCAGGGAGAAGCUGGCCCAGGCUUCUAAGGAGUCCAAGGAGAAGCAGCUCCAGGCCGAGAGGAAGAGGAAGGCGGCGCUCUUCCUGCAGACUCUCCGCGGCCCGCUCGCCGGAGAGCCCGAGGCCAAAAGAGCCGAGCUGGACUCGUGUGCACAGCUUGAGGAAGCCUUUUCCGCUCCGCCUGAUCCCGCUCCUCCUCCGGCGGGCCCGACGCCGACCGCCCAUCCUCAGGAUCAGAGGCUCUCGGCGGAGAACCACGGAGCGUACCGCGGCAGGGAAGCCCCGUCCUCGUCGUCCUCCUCCUCCUACGCCGCCGCCGCCAAAGGGUCCAAUCGGAACCGAGAUAGAGACAGGGACCGAGAUAGAGAUCGGGAUCGGGACAGAGAUAGGAACAGAGAGCGCGAUCGGAACAGGGACAGAGACAGAGACAGGGAUCGAGACAGGAAUAAAGGCAGGGACAAAGACAAGAAGAAGAAGAAACACAAGAGGAGGUCAAGAUCGAGGUCAAGAUCGAAGAACAAAGUGUCUCUUCCCAGUGCCUACAGACGAUCCCGCAGGUCUCGAUCGCGUUCACACUCCCCGGGCCGGAGGGACCGGAGGGGCGCUUCUCUAGACAGGAGGCACGAGCCGAGAGAGCGGGAACGCCAUCAUCCCAGCGGCGGCGGCGGCGCACCGAGAGGCCAUUCCAGAUCCAGGUCGCCCGCCGAACCGAGGAGGAGCUCCUUGUCGUCCUCGGGGCUGAUGCUCACCGCCGCCUCCUCCGUCUCCCCGUUUUCCUCCCCCAGCAAAGUCCUGUCCCAGUCAGCGAGCCCCGCCUCCAGCCUGGCCCAGUCGAGGGGCGGCUCUCAAGAGAAAGACAAAGCGGUGUCCUCCUCCAUAGUAUCCUCCGUUCAGUCCAAAAUAACUCAGGAUCUAAUGGCCAAAGUGCGAGCCAUGCUCGCCUCCUCCAAGACCUUCCAAUCUGCCAACUCCUGAAGCGAAGACGGCUUUCUCUGAAGCCACAGACGAACCUCUGGCGGCCGGUCAGCAAGCGCAGCUCUCUCGAUUUCUUGGAGAAGAAUCGGACCUGCGUCUGUUUCGGAUCGCCGUGUUUGUCCUUUCGGUUUUGAUUUGAGUGUCGACAGACACAGUUUGGCUGAGUUGAGUGGUCUUCAGACUGAAUCUUCACACCGGACCCCAGGAACGCAGCUCAUCAGCACACAGAUCGAGGUUUGCAGGGAGCGUCUGAUAUGGAAACAGUUUAAGUGUUGCAUUUUUUUUUUUUUAACCUGUAAAGAUCUGCAGCAACUGUAAUGGUGCUGCAGAUUUUAAUGAGUUGAAAUCAUUUUUUUUUCCCAUCACCCCCUGCUGCUGAAAGUAUUUAGUGUCUCCUUCUAUGAAGGAUUAUGUUUUGAUAAUUUCAUCCCCGCCGCUCCAGGUUAACUUGUGUGAUGUUUUAUUUCCAACGUCCCUCCCCAACGCUGAUUCCUGUCCUGCAUCUCACUCCUGUUUUUUCCUAAAUUGGUCCCAGUUUCUACUCUUCUCAGCUAUGAAGUGUGGCCUUCGAUUUCUGUUCUGCUGGUUUGUACUGUAACGACUUUAAUUCGACCUUGCAGUUGUCAAUAAAUUUCAGUUAUGAUUUA